CUUUACUGCGCUGUGCGGAUUGACGCGUCUUGACUGCCCACGAAUGCGAGCGUACAUAUAGAUAGCGCUAUCUCUGGAUUUGUACAUGGUGCUUACCAGCCGUAUCGUGCACUGAAGAUCGGGAGGAGGCUGGCACCUGCACCGACCCACCGUCCGUCAGCUACCAGCGGUGGCAGACGUCUCCAUCCGUCCCAGGUCAUCGGUACGCACAAUCUUGAGCUCUGGCUUGCUGCUUUCCUUGUGCUCUGCUUUUCUUUUCUUGGUCCACGGGCAUGUCCUUCCUCCCCGCCCCAGUCACCACGCCCGAGUCUAGGUCGCGCCUAACACUAGACAGGCUGAAGAAGACAGCCACAGCCGGCAUCAAACGGUCCCAGUCCGUGAGGCUGCCGCCUUCGUUGUCGCCUCACUCGACCUUCAGUCCUCUCCGAAGUGGCGAAUCUAGGGACUUUGGCUGGUACUCGCGCCCCGCACGACCGUUCCCACUACUUCACAAGAAGAAGACCCUUAGUCUAGAUGCUGCUUGCCAUGGUGCUCCCCUGCUGGCUUUCGAUCUCGCGACACCGUUGGCCCCAAUCCCAUCCGAUGUCGAUGAGCCGAGAACGAACGCUCAAGGGACUGCCGUUGUCGGGCUUGCUCAGCGUGUCGAGGAGCUCGCGUCUCAAGUGUUGAAGAUGGAGAAAGAACGCAACGCUCGCUGUGCAGCGGAAGGCACUCUCCGCCUAGAGAUGCAGACCCUGACGGCGGAGAAGGAAUCCCUACGCGCGCAAGUCGUAUCUCUGCAAGUACUAGUCCGCUCGUCCUCGCGGCGCAUGAACGACUGCGUGGAUGCGUCCACUGCCGCACUCGACACCGAGCGCGAGCUCCGGCACGAGGUGCAGGCACGAGCGCGGCGCGCAGAGGACCGCAUCAUUGUGCUGCAGAACGAGAACGCUUUCCUGACCCAAGCCAAAGCCAAAGCGGAACGCGAGGCCACCCGGCGGACCACUGACGCAAAAGCGUGGCAAGAGAAGGUCCGCACAAUGCAAGACUCGCAAGAGCUAGCCGUCGCGAACAUCCGCAAGAUCGAGGAUCUCGAGAAGGAAAACUGCGAACUGAAGGCGGCAAUGCAUGCCUUCGCCAGGGGCUCCACGGAGACGAUCGUCCUGCAACUGGAGCUCAUCAUCGAAAGACUGCGUGCAGAUUUUACCCGCUGCAAAGAACGGGAAGAGAAUCAGAAGGUGAAAGGGAAGGAAAACGAGUUCCGCAGGCGCGACUCUUGUGUGUUACAAGAAAUGCGCAAGACGACUCAAGCGAUCAAGGCAUGUUACACUUACGUUGCAUGUCAGGACUGUCUCACAACUGCCAAUAGCGUCGAUCUCUGGACAGUACAAAAGCUCCACUCGCGAACGCGACGGUCUUGCGCAACGACAGCAACGUACGCCAGAGCAUACGCGAUCGUCCAAUUUCGAUGACUGUUCUCAUGUCGUAGUACUUGGUUGAGGC